AUGUCUGAUAACGUGGAAAAGCAAACCGAGGAGGUCCACGAUGAGAAAGUAGUUGCUGCUAAGGAGCAAUCUGCCAAAAAGAAGGGCAAUUCCGUCGAAGAAGAACAGUUAUCCGAAGAAGAUCAGAAGUUAAAGACUGAUCUCGAACUUCUUGUAGAUAGACUAAAAGAAAACGAUUCAGAACUAUAUGAACUAUCCUUGAAUCAACUGAAGGAAUUCAUAAAGAAAUCGACGAGUUCCAUGACGGCGGUUCCAAAGCCGCUCAAAUUCCUACGUCCAUCAUAUCCUAGCCUUUGUGGGAUCUAUGACAGCUGGACUGAUGACUCUUUGAAAGCAUCUCUGGCUGAGAUACUAUCCGUUUUGGCAAUGACCUACUCUGACAACAACAAACACGACUCACUGAGGUUCGCUCUGCUUUCCGGUGCCAAAAAUAUUGAAAGCUGGGGUCACGAAUAUAUUCGCCACUUGGCGCUAGAGAUUGGCGAAACUUAUAAUGACCAGAUUGAAAAAGAAGGUUCAGGAAGUAACAGUGAAGAAGAUUUUUCCGAACGGACGGGUAGUAAAGAAGAUUUUGAAUUCUCAAAAGGCAGUAUUUUACGGCUAUGUUUAGACAUAGUUCCAUAUUUUUUGAAGCACAACGGCGAGACAGAAGCGGUAGAUUUACUGCUUGAGAUCGAGGCGAUAGACAAACUACCUCAAUACGUUGAUGAAAACACUUUUGAGAGAGUUUGCCAAUACAUGGUUGCAUGUGUACCCUUAUUACCUCCUCCCGAAGACGUCUCUUUUUUACAAACAGCAUAUUCCAUAUAUUUAUCCGAAUCUCAAUUGACGGAGGCAUUAUCUUUGGCAAUCAGGUUGGAUGAUGAGUCUUUGGUGAGAUCCGUUUUUGAUGCAACUAGUGAUCCUAUAGUACAAAAACAGCUGGCCUACAACUUGUCAUUUCAAAAAUCUUCGUUUGAGUACGAAUCAGUCCAAGAUAUUAUUGGUAAUACGAAGUUAUCAGAGCAUUUCUUAUACUUGGCCAAAGAGUUAAAUCUAACUGUCCCUAAAGUCCCAGAGGAUGUUUAUAAAAGUCACCUGGAUAGUUCAAAAUCCGUUUUCUCAGGAACGGGCUUAGAUUCUGCUCAGCAGAAUUUAGCAGCAGCUUUUGUAAACGGAUUUUUAAAUUUGGGUUAUUGUAAUGAUAAAAUGGUUGUUGACAAUGAUAACUGGAUUUAUAAGACAAAAGGUGAUGGUAUGACAUCUUCAGUGGCAAGUAUCGGUUCAAUUUAUCAGUGGAACCUAGACGGUUUACAGCAAUUGGAUAAAUAUUUAUAUGUGGAGGAACCUGAAGUCAAAGCAGGUGCUUUAUUGGGUAUUGGUAUCUCCACAUGUGGUGUCCAUGAUGGUGACGUUGAACCGGCUUUACUACUGUUACAAGACUAUGUUACAAAUCCUAAUACAAAGAUAAGCUCCGCAGCCAUAUUAGGGCUUGGAAUCGCUUUUGCUGGUAGCAAAAAUGAUGAAGUGCUUGGUCUUUUACUACCAAUCGCAGCUGAUACUUCACUCCCUAUUGAAACUUCUGCUAUAACCUCUUUGGUUCUUGCUCAAACAUUUGUUGGAACUUGUAAUGGGGAUAUAACGGCUGUCAUCAUGGAUAACUUCUUAGAGCGCUCAGGUGCCGAUUUAAAAACAGAAUGGGUUAGAUUUUUAACCCUUGCAUUAGGUGUGCUUUACAUGGGACAAGGUGAGCAAGUCGAUGAUGUCUUGGAAACAAUUAGUGCCAUCGAACAUCCUAUAACAUCUGCUAUCGAGGUACUAGUAAGCGCUUGUGCUUAUGCAGGUACCGGCGAUGUUCUAUUAAUUCAAGAUUUAUUACAUCGCUUAACACCAAAAGCUACAAAGAAGGAGGGCGAGGAUGAUGAAAAUGAAGAAGAAGAACAGGAAGCACAAGCCAAUGCGAUCAGUGAAUUCCUAGCGGGUCAUGAAAAUGCCACGGAGGAGGAUCCUGUAGCAAGCACUAGUGAUAGCAGAAACAUUGAUGGAGAGAAUGAUUCAGCUGGCAAUGUCGAAUCAGAAACAAUCACCGAAGAGAAAAAAGAAGAAGAACUAGUAAAUGAGAAUGGUAUCGACGGGGAAGGUGAAGAUGUAAAGGACGAUAAUGAAGACGACUCCUCCGUAGUGGUAGAUGAGCUAUCGUAUGCUGUUUUGGGUAUUGCAAUGAUUGCCCUUGGUGAGAAUAUAGGGAAAGAAAUGUCUCUACGUCAUUUUGGCCAUUUAAUGCAUUAUGGUAAUGAACAUAUUCGUAGUAUGGUACCAUUGGCUAUGGGUCUUGUUUCAAUCGCUGAUCCACAAAUGAAAGUAUUUGAUACUUUAUCGCGCUUUUCACAUGAUGCCGAUCUCAAUGUUUCUAUGAAUUCCAUCUUUGCUAUGGGUAUGUGUGGUGCUGGUACCAAUAAUGCAAGGUUGGCCCAACUUUUAAGACAGUUGGCAAGCUAUUAUUCUCGCGAACAGGAUGCUCUAUUUGUUACCAGAUUUGCUCAAGGUUUGGUUCAUUUGGGUAAAGGUACAAUGACAAUUGACGUUUUUAAUGAUGCAGAUGUUUUGAAUAAAGUCAGUUUGGCCUCAAUACUGACAGUCUUAGUUGGUUUAGUAUCUCCUAGUUUCAUGUUGAAGAAUCAUCAACUCUUCUAUAUGUUGAAUAGUGCCGUGAGACCCAAAUUCAUAUUGACACUAAAUGAAGAGGGUGAGCCAAUAAAGGUUAAUGUACGCGUAGGCCAGGCAGUCGAUACUGUAGGUCAAGCCGGUAAACCAAAGACUAUUACAGGUUGGAUAACUCAGUCAACUCCAGUCCUACUGAACCAUGGUGAAAGAGCAGAAUUAGAAACGGAUGAAUAUCUCAGCUAUGCGAGUCACAUUGAGGGUGUUGUUAUCUUAAAGAAAAACCCUAAUUACGAAAAAGAAGAAUAG